GGCCGCUCUACCGGAAGUGGCGUGAGGAGGCAUGGCGGCGCUGGCGCGGGUCGCGAGCUGCCAGGCUGAAGUAACUCAAUGGAUAGCAGCUUGCAGUGGCUUAUUACAGGCAGCCAUGGUCCAAGGCCAAUGUAGGAGGAUGCUUCAUGGUAUUUUCCAGAGAUGCAAGACCGGCCAGUUCCAGCUGCCUAAAGCCUGUGGUGGAUUGAUUGAAGCCAAUGGAGCCAAAACGCAUCCGAAUAGAUUGAUUUACAGUACAAAUAAGCAACUUUCUGCAAAAGAUUCUGUGCAGACAUCUGAGGAGAAAGUGGGUCCUUUCACAAGGAUGAUAGAAGCCAUGGGUUUCACAGGUCCACUGAAGUACAGCAGAUGGAAAAUUAAGGUAGCAGCUCUGCGCAUGUACACCUGCUGCGUGGAGAAAACCGACUACGAGGAAUUUUUUAACAGGUGCCAAAUGCCUGAUACAUUGAAUUCAUGGUUUCUAGUAGCCCAGCUUCAUGUCUGGAUGUGUCUGGUGCGAAUGAAGCAGGAGGGUCGAGCAGGAAAAUACAUGUGUCGCUAUAUCGUCCACUGCAUGUGGGAGGAUGUUGAGCAGCGUGGCAAGGUGAUGGGGAUUAAUUCUGUUGUUCUAAAGCAAGAUUUGAGAAGUAUGGUAGAAAAUUUCUAUGCAGCUCUGUUUGGAUAUGAUGAGGGAAUCCUGUCUGAUGAUCACGUUCUGGCAGCAGCUCUAUGGAGAAACCUUUUUAACAGGAACUGUGAGGACCCUCGGCACCUGGAGUUGCUCGUGGAGUACGUGCGCAAACAGCUGGGAAAGGAUGUGAGACAGCUCUAUGAGACCUUGAAGGUGCAGCACCUGGAUGCACUGAGCGGGGAGGACCUGCUGCUGACAGGCGAGGUGAGCUGGAGGCCUCUGGUGGAGAGCAACGCUCGCAGCAUCCUCAAGCCCCUUUCUCCUGUUUACAACGACGAAGGACUCUGAGAGCAUUCGUCAAACCAGCUUGGGAAACAGGCCUGAAUUGGGCUGAAGCUGUGGGAUCAGGAAGGAAAGUUUGCUAUUGAAACGGAAUGUAUUUAAAUAGAUGUCUUACCUGUGGUGACUUGAUAGCAAAUUGGACAGCCGUAGUCUCCUGGAUUUUCACCCGGUUUGAGAACCUCUGUUCUUUUUAUGGCACAGAGUGGUCCUUGCACACAAAUUGCAAGACCUGCCUUCCAUCUUUGGGAAAACAGCUGCUUUAACCGUGACUUAGUUAUCUCCAGAAGCCAUUUCUGUCCCUUGCCUCAUCUGGAGAGCUGCUACCUACAGAAACAACGGUGUUCUUCUGCUGGCUGAAUGGUUGUGAAUACAAAUCUGUGCUUUGCAUUGUAGAUAUUAAUGAAUUCUAAAAGCCUGGUAUCAAGAAAGAACGGCCCGUUUUUCUUUAAUAGAUUUUAGAGUUACUUUAUCAGGUUUUGAAGGAUUUUCCAUGAAAAUCCUUCUUAGGAACUCUGCUCUGUUGCACAAGAAUAGGAGGAUGCAAAGAAUAAUGCACAGUCCUCAGCAGUCCUGUGACUGUAGCCAUCUUAAUGAGGAAAGAGUCUGAAGCGUGUUUGGGCUGCCACCCAAGGCUGUCUCAGAGUGCUUGGUAUUUCAGAGGAGCUCUGCCUUGCUGAUAGUUCCAUAUUCUUUUUAGAGCUGUGGUCUAAGAAUUUCUUCCUGAAAAUGACAUUGCUGUUUCUGUGCGUGGCCCUUAAUGGCACAGGACUGUGCUGCCUCCCACCCCCAAAGCAGUGGCCCAGGGCUUUUCAACAAGACCUGUCAACCCCAGCUAAAAGUUGAUAUGGCUCUGCAAGCAAAUUACACCGAUACAGUAAUUAUGGGAGCCAGAGCUCCACUAAUUAAACCAGCAGAGGCUGAGGUGUACUGCGUAGGUGGAUGGUUCACAGGGCUAUUUCCAGGCCAAAACAGUUUUCAUUUCACUCCUGUCAAAACUGCAGUUGGUAAUAAAUGCCAUUCUGGGUACAA